UUGGUCCUCUCCUCCAAACCGCCGCGGGGCAGCACCGCGUUUUCCGAAUUCUAGUUCUCAGGAAACGAUGUCCGACGCUGUCGAUUCUCUAGCCAAUUCGGGAACGCCUUGACUCAUCUCGCUCUCUUAUUGGGUAAAUGGCAAGAUACCAGAGCGGAUGUUGUUCUCCCCGUGAGCUCCAAAGCGGGCAAAAUGGCGUCUAGUGACGGGCAGCUUGGAAGCUUAUUCGACCACCACCUCCAGAGGGAGGUUUGCGAUACAAGGGCGAAAUAUCGAGAGGGCCGACGACCUCGCGCGGUCAAGGUAUAUACAAUCAACUUGGAAUCUUGGUACUUACUAAUACAAGGAGUUCCUGCAGUGGGAGCAAUGAAGGAGUUAGUGGAGCGAUUUGCUCUAUAUGGUACAAUUGAAGAAUAUAACGCUCUAGAUGAAUAUCCAGCAGAAGACUUUACAGAAGUUUAUCUUAUUAAAUUUAUGAAUUUACAAAGUGCAAGGAUAGCCAAGAAAAAAAUGGAUGAACAGAGUUUCUUUGGUGGAUUGCUUCAUGUGUGCUAUGCUCCAGAAUUUGAGACAGUUGAAGAAACUAGAAAAAAAUUAGAAGAGAGAAAGGCUUAUAUAACAAGAACUACUAAAAAUAAAGACUAUUACAUGACAAAGAAGAAACCAGUUUCAGCGCAUAAAGACACGGAAGAUUUUAGACAAGCCUUCCACACAAAUGCGUCUGAAUUUUGUGCAGCCACUGUGAACACACCUACUGGGAACUCAAAUCAUUGUUUUCCUUAUUCUUGUGAACUGCCUUUAUGUUAUUUUGCCUCAAACUGUUCAUGUUCACCCAGGCAGCAUAUGGCCAGAGCAUCCAGUUUCUAUAAAGAUGAGAGAAACCAUGACAAAACAGUGAAGCAUUGUAUCCACAAUGACUCUUCCUCAGAACUACAGAUAAACCCUUUUAAAAAUUCAGUACCCUCUUCUGGGGCACAAAAAGCCAUUACUCCUUCAGGGGCAGUUGACAGAUUUAUGCCUAGGGCCACACAGCUGCAGGAAAGGAAAAGAAGAAGAGAAGAUGAUCGUAAACUUGGAACUUUGCUUGAAACACGCAUGAGCAGUAAUGAGGUGAUGAUUGGACCUAAGUUACCAGACGUACCUGAAGUGGAUCUGCAAGAUGGUUCCUUGAAUACAACAGCAAGCUUAAUUCGGAAUAAACUGAAAGAGGUGAUUUCAUCUGUGCCAAAGCCUCCAGAGGUCAACUUGGCUGUACAUAUGAAUCAUCCAUUAAAACAAAGAAGAAGAAUAUAGGCUGCCAGGAGCAAGUUAGUAGUCUCUACAGAGGAUAUUUAUUCUUCAUCGUUAACCUAGCAUUUUAUUUAAGAGAUUUUAAUGCUAGUAUUUUUUAAUGCACACUAUUUUAUAAUUUCAUUCAGUUUGUCUAAUAUAAUUUAAUGUUUCUGUGAUCUAUACUUAAUUGUACAGAAACUGUUCAUGUUAUAUAACGUGACCAUCUAUAUUAUAACCAUAUGUAAAUUGAAGCAAAUGAAACUUUAUAAUACACAGAAAGUCAACCAUUAUCUGCUUAUUAUUUUAAUACAAAUACUGAGCAAUUCAUAUUUAGCAGUUUAAAAACUGAAAGUCCUGAUGUUCCUGUAAGCCAGGGCUUCAAAAUGAAGACAGUUCUGUAAAUUAAAAAAGUUAAUAAACUAUUACAACAAAGUUGA